UCUCUCUCUCUCCCUCUCUCCCUCCCUCUCCAUCUUCCCCCGUCUGACACUUAAAAGAAUACUGUUCAGUUCUGCUCCACUACCCAGUGAUAGUGAUGGCUGCUCCACUACCCAGUGAUAGUGAUGGCUGCUCCACUACCCAGUGAUAGUGAUGGCUGCUCCACUACCCAGUGAUAGUGAUGGCUGCUCCACUGCCCAGUGAUAGUGAUGGCUGCUCCACUGCCCAGUGAUAGUGAUGGCUGCUCCACUGCCCAGUCAUAGUGAUGGCUGCUCCACUGCCCAGUCAUAGUGAUGGCUUCUCCACUGCCCAGUGAUAGUGAUGGCUGCUCCACUACCCAGUGAUAGUGAUGGCUGCUCCACUGCCCAGUGAUAGUGAUGGCUGCUCCACUACCCAGUGAUAGUGAUGGCUGCUCCACUGCCCAGUGAUAGUGAUGGCUGCUCCACUGCCCAGUGGUAGUGAUGGCUGCUCCACAACACAGUGAUAUUGAUGGCUGCUCCACUGCCCAGUGAUAGUGAUGGCUGUUCCACUACCCAGUGAUAGUGAUGGCUGCUCCACUGCCCAGCGAUAGUGAUGGCUGCUCCACUACCCAGUGAUAGUGGUAGCUGUCCUGUCUUCUUCUCUACUUCAUAACAUUCCAUGUUGGUGACGGACCGCUGUGUCCCGUCUACUGGACCAAGCACUAGUUCUAGAAGCACUAACCCGCUGUGGGGUGUUCCAAAUGGCAUAAUUUUCCCUCUAUAGUGUACCACUUUUAACCUGUGCCCCUAUGCACUGUAUAGGAAACAGGGUGUAUUUUUCACCUGUGCCCCUAAGCACUGUAUAGGAAACAGGGUGUAUUUUUCACCUGUGCCCCUAAGCACUGUAUAGGAAACAGGGUGUCAUUUGGGACAUACACAUGGGGGUCUUAAUGACAUCUGUUUGAUGUUUUCUGUCAUCAACUCUGGGACUAAAACAGCUGAUAUAUGGACUAAAACAGCUGAUAUAGGGACUAAAACUGCUGAUAAAUGGACUAAAACAGCUGAUAUAGGGACUAAAACAGCUGAUAUAGGGACUAAAACAGCUGAUAUAUGGACUAAAACAGCUGAUAAAUGGACUAAAACAGCUGAUAUAGGGACUAAAACAGCUGAUAAAUGGACUAAAACAGCUGAUAUGGGGACUAAAACAGCUGAUAUGGGGACUAAAACAGCUGAUAUGGGGAUUAAAACAGCUGAUAUGGGGACUAAAACAGCUGAUAUAGGGACUAAAACAGCUGAUAUAGGGACUAAAUCAGCUGAUAAAUGGACUAAAACAGCUGAUAAAUGGACUAAAACAGCUGAUAUAGGGACUAAAACAGCUGAUAUAGGGACUAAAACAGCUGAUAAAUGGACUAAAACAGCUGAUAUAGGGACUAAAACAGCUGAUAAAUGGACUAAAACAGCUGAUAAAUGGACUAAAACAGCUGAUAUGGGGACUAAAACAGCUGAUAUGGGGACUAAAACAGCUGAUAUGGGGAUUAAAACAGCUGAUAUGGGGACUAAAACAGCUGAUAUAGGGACUAAAACAGCUGAUAUAGGGACUAAAUCAGCUGAUAAAUGGACUAAAACAGCUGAUAAAUGGACUAAAACAGCUGAUAUAGGGACUAAAACAGCUGAUAUAGGGACUAAAACAGCUGAUAAAUGGACUAAAACAGCUGAUAUGGGGACUAAAACAGCUGGUAAAUGGACUAAAACAGCUGAUAAAUGGACUAAAACAGCUGAUAUGGGGACUAAAACAGCUGAUAUAGGGACUAAAACAGCUGAUAUAUGGACUAAAACAGCUGAUAUAGGGACUAAGACAGCUGAUAAAUGGACUAAAACAGCUGAUAUAGGGACUAAAACAGCUGAUAUAGGGACUAAAACAGCUGAUAAAUGGACUAAAACAGCUGAUAUAGGGACUAAAACAGCUGAUAUAUGGACUAAAACAGCUGAUAAAUGGACUAAAACAGCUGAUAUAGGGACUAAAACAGCUGAUAAAUGGACUAAAACAGCUGAUAAAUGGACUAAAACAGCUGAUAUAGGGACUAAAACAGCUGAUAAAUGGACUAAAACAGCUGAUAUGGGGACUAAAACAGCUGAUAUGGGGACUAAAACAGCUGAUAUAGGGACUAAAACAGCUGAUAUAGGGACUAAAACAGCUGAUAUAGGGACUAAAUCAGCUGAUAAAUGGACUAAAACAGCUGAUAAAUGGACUAAAACAGCUGAUAUAGGGACUAAAACAGCUGAUAUAGGGACUAAAACAGCUGAUAAAUGGACUAAAACAGCUGAUAUGGGGACUAAAACAGCUGGUAAAUGGACUAAAACAGCUGAUAAAUGGACUAAAACAGCUGAUAUGGGGACUAAAACAGCUGAUAUAGGGACUAAAACAGCUGAUAUAGGGACUAAAACAGGUGAUAAAUGGACUAAAUCAGCUGAUAAAUGGACUAAAACAGCUGAUAAAUGGACUAAAACAGCUGAUAUAGGGACUAAAACAGCUGAUAAAUGGACUAAAACAGCUGAUAAAUGGACUAAAACAGCUGAUAUGGGGACUAAAACAGCUGAUAAAUGGACUAAAACAGCUGAUAAAUGGACUAAAACAGGUGAUAAAUGGACUAAAUCAGCUGAUAAAUGGACUAAAACAGCUGAUAUAGGGACUAAAACAGCUGAUAAAUGGACUAAAACAGCUGAUAAAUGGACUAAAACAGCUGAUGUAGCACAGAUUUGGUUAUUUUAUUGCUGGACAGCUGCUAUCAGCUUGUAAUGGGCUAUCAGCUUGCGUUAGGCUAUCAGCUUGUUACGGGCUAUCAGCUUGUUAUGGGCUAUCAGCUUGUUAUGGGCUAUCAGCUUGCGUUAGGCUACCAGCUUGUUACGGGCUAUCAGCUUGUUAUGGGCUAUCAGCUUGCGUUGGGCUAUCAGCUUGUGGUAGGCUAUCAGCUUGUGUUAGGUUUGUGUUAUAUUAUUAUGCCAACCUUUAGCAUUUAGUUAGUCAAAUGGUAGCGCUAGCAAAGCCUGCUCUGUUAUGUAAGCUAAUUGUUAGCGAACAACGUCAGCUCUAUGUAGAAUCAAUUGUGUUAACUUUAAUAGCUAGCUAGCAAUCAAACCAGGACAGGAUUUUAAUCGUUGGAUGCACUUUUUAGCGAGUUAAAUAAAUGAGCAAUUCAUUUAAAUAGCUUGUUCUGUGACAUUAGUUACCUACAGGCCCAGAUCAUUUGAUUUCAGUGUUGCUAUACACUCCUACAUUAAUCAAGUUUAUAUAACCAGUAAACAAUCUGUGGUCGUAACAAUCAUUGAUUAUUUCCUCAGAAAGCUACCUGCCAUAUUUCCCAAAUGUAAUGGCAAAAAGCACCAACGUUUCUGAAGUGACAGUAUCGCUGCAUCCCAAAUGGCACCCUAUUCCACUAUAUUAAGCUAUUUUUUACAAGAACCCUAUUGGCCCUGGUCAAAAGUAGUGCUCUAUCCUAUUGGCCCUGGUCAAAAGUAGUGCUCUAUCC